AUGCGCGUGAAGUGCGGGGAAUGCGGAGAGACCUUCGACGACUUAGACGCGGCGAAGACGCACGGCGCGGCGACGGGACACGAAAACUUUCACGGCGAUGAAGAUUCAUUAAUGGAAGAUGCGCACGAGAACGGACCGGCGAGCGAGCAAAGCGGCGCGGCGACGGCGACGACGACGGCGGAUGAAGGACCUCGAAUGAUCGAACCGCGCGUCCGCGAGGAUUUACUGAAAGAGUUGACGGAACUCAUGGGAUUCGGAAGGAACAAGGCGAUUCGGGCGCUGCACUUUUCAAAGGCGGAUUCGAGCGAACGGGCGAUCGAUUGGAUCGAGCGACACGAGGACGACCCGGACGUGAACGAACCGUUGUUGGUUCCAGACGAGGCGCACGAGGGGGCAAAGGCGAAGACGGUGAGUAAAUUGACGCCGGAGGAGGCGAGGGCGAAGGCGGACGAGUUGCGAAGAAACGCCGCGGCGAGACGAGCGGCGGAGGAGAAGGAGAGCGAGCGGUUGAGAGAGCAGGAGCGCAUUCGUGCGGGUAAGGAGCUCGUCGAGGCGAAGCGAAUGGAGGAUGAGCUCAGUUUGAAGCGAAACGCCGAGCAGCGAGCGGCGGAGAAGGAAGAGAUGGAGCGCGCGCGGGCGAAGAUUCGAGCGAAAAUCGACGAGGAUCGCAAGGAGCGACGACGAAAGCUUGGCUUGCCGGAGGAGCUUUCGCCAGAGGAGCUCGAACAGGAGCGAGAGCGAGAGGAAAAGAGGGCUAAGGAGAUGAUGGAAGAGGUCGAGCGCAAGGCCAAGGCGGGGAUGUAUGUCAAGCCGGUGUCCAAACUGGAAAAUUUAAGACGUCACCUCGUGGACAUUAAGAAGGCUUUCGCCGAGGACGCCGACGCCGUGACGACGUGCUUCAACACGCUGCUGACCUAUCUCGGAAAUAUCGCCCGAGCGCCGAACGAGGAAAAGUACAGAUCGAUCAGGCUCUCCAACGCAGCGUUUCAAAAGCGCGUCGUCGCGGUCGGAGGCGAGAUCUACCUCUUGGAGUUUGGUUUCAAGGAAAUCGUCGACGACGCAGGCGAGAAACGUCUCGUCUUACCUCAAGAGUCCGUCGAUCAGGUCUUGCUCAAGACCGCGGGCGAGGAACUUCACGGCGCCAUCAAUAACCCGUUCUUUGGCAUGCUGUAA